GUUUAACCAGUUCUCUCAAUAAUCAGCAUGGAUUUUCCAUGAAACUUCCGAUAUUCCAUUUCUUCUAGACAACCACCACUCACCAAGAAGGCAAAUUCUCAGAAGAACCCUCUAUAAGGUGUUGAACUGGUCAAACUUAUGCACAUCUUAAUAUCCCUUAACUUGAAUUUAUAUGUGACAGAUAAACUUUAAAUACAAAGCUCUUCUUCCCAGAUCUUAUCAAUCAUAGCAUCCCUCUUGAUAAUCCCAAGGCUAAGAGCUCAACAUGGGUGAACCCAAAUCAAUAACCCAGUCAUUUGUGGCUCAGGUGAAUCCUGCCAGGAUGUUCAAGGCCUUAAUCCUUGACUCCCACAAUAUCUGCCCCAAGCUCAUGUUUUCAUCAAUCAAAAGCAUGGAAUACAUCGAAGGCAAUGGCGAGGUUGGCUCCAUCAAACAGAUCAAUUUCACGGAAGGAAGUUCAAUAGGAUACAUGAAGCACAGAAUAGACAUGCUUGACAAGGAGAAUUUCAUGUGCAAAUACACAUUUAUAGAUGGUGAUUUAUUGAUGGACAGGCUUGAAUAUAUAACAUAUGAGGUGAGGUUUGAAAGGCAUGGCCAUGGAGGUUGUGUUUGCAGAAUCACAAGCGAAUUUAAACCGAAAGAAGGUAUAGAGAUCAAGGACAUUGACAUUGAACUGGGGAAGGACAGAUCUAUUGGAAUGUAUGAGGUUGUAGAAGCUUACCUGAUAGCACAUCCUCAGGCCUAUACUUAAAAAUUUCAGCUCUGCAAUUUUUUUUCUCAGGAAUUGCCAUUUCUUGUACAAGAUAUCAGGGUGAAUCUCUGGAUCAAUCUAUUUUAAUACAUUUAACAAGUUGUCGUUUAUUUUA